AUGGAUGCAGCAAGUGAUCUCGGAACAGUUGAGGGGGCCAAGGCCCAGCUACCUGCUGAGAGUCAGCUAGGUCGUCGAUCCAAGGAGAACUUCGACGUUGCCGUCCGGGAUGGGUCUGAAGAGGACUUCGAGUUUCCUACCGAGGAGGAUUUGGCAACCCUCCGCAGAGUAUCUGGACAGAUCCCCUGGUCGGCAUACACCAUCGCGUUCGUCGAGCUGUGUGAACGUUUUUCUUACUAUGGAACAACCGCUGUCUUCGUCAACUUCAUCCAGCAGCCGCUCCCUCCGGGAUCCAAAACAGGCGCCGGUUUCGCCGGUCAGUCUGGUGCUUUGGGCAUGGGGCAGCGUGCCUCGACCGGUCUGACCACUUUCAACCAGUUCUGGGCCUACCUCACGCCGCUUGCCGGUGCCUACGUGGCAGAUCAGUAUUGGGGCCGUUUCAAGACCAUUCAGAUAUCCUGCGCGGUCGCUUUGGUCGGCCACGUUAUCCUCAUCAUCUCGGCCAUCCCUCCGGUCAUCAUUAAUCCCAAAGAGUCCGUUGCGUGCUUCUCAGUCGGGGUUUUCAUCAUGGGUAUCGGUGUGGGGGGCUUCAAAUCCAAUAUCUCACCGCUGAUUGCAGAGCAAUGUACCGAGACAGUGAUGCGGGUGAAAACUACAGAAGCUCGCGAGCGAGUGAUCAUGGAUCCUGCGGUGACCACAUCUCGUGUGUAUCUGUAUUUCUACCUCAUGAUCAACCUGGGAGCUUUGGUUGGGUCCAUCAGCAUGGUCUAUGCCGAGAAAUAUGCUGGCUUCUGGCUAGCAUUCCUCCUGCCAACGUGCAUGCUCUGUAUCUGCCCAGUGCUCAUUAUCCUCUGUAAGAGUCAGUACCAUCUAACGCCACCAACGGGGUCAACAAUCGCCACGGCAGGCAAGCUGUGCAACCUUGCCAUGAAGGACAAGUGGACAUGGAAUCUAGCGGCGCUUAAACGAAAUAUCAGCGCGGAAGGGUUCUGGGACAACGCCCUGCCAUCUCGUCUGGGUGCCAACAGGCCAGAGUGGAUGACCUUCGACGACACCUGGGUGCAUGAAGUCAGCAGAGCUCUGGUUGCAUGCAAGGUUUUCCUGUGGUAUCCUGUAUACUGGCUCGCCAACAACCAGGCGAGCAACAACCUCACAUCUCAAGCUGCAACCAUGACACUGAACGGCGUCCCCAACGAUAUCGUAGCCAACUUCAACCCCCUCUUCAUCGUCAUCCUAGUCCCCGUCAUGGACCGACUCGUGUACCCGACCUGCCGCAGGAUCGGAUUCAACUUCUCGCCCAUCAAACGCAUCACGUGCGGAUUCUUCCUCGCCGCCAUAGCCAUGAUCUCCGCGACCGUCACCCAAGCGUACAUCUACCACCAGACGCCGUGCGCCAACAACAACGCCAGCGACUGCAUUCUCCCCAGUGGAGACUUGUGGCACUCCAACAUCUCCGUGUGGGUGCAGCUGCUGCCGUACGGCCUCAUGGGCUUCUCCGAGAUCAUGGCCGCGGUCACGGUCCUCGAGUACGCGUUCACGAAGGCGCCGACCAACAUGCGCUCCAGCGUCACGGCCGUCUCGCUCUUCAUGAACGCCAUCUCGUCGGCCGUCGCCCAGUCGCUCACGGUGAUGUCGGCGGAUCCGCUGCUGGUGUGGAACUACGGCACCGUGUCCGUGCUGGCCUUAGUCGGUGCGAUCCUGUUCUACCUGACGAACAGGAGGAUUGAAGAGCGCGAAGAUAAGAUGAACAUGUUGCCACAAGCCGAGUUCGGGGAGAUGGAGGCGGGCAAGAGGUUUGGGGGGAUGGAUGACGAGAAGACGGUAAGUAAUCUGAUGAAUGUGACGACGAGCGGAUGCGAUAUGACUAUGAUGAAUGUGGAAGCUAUUGACGCUAUAUCCGAACUUCCAUCCCUCCUCUCUUUGCAUCGCCGCAAAGGCUUGAUGCGAGAGAAGAUAUUGUACGAUGGUAUACCGGCCGACUUGUCAAGGUUCUUGAGAGGGGCGUCAUGA